UGAUGUUUUGAAAAUAUUUAACUUUUUAAUGCUUUAUGAGUAGUAAAUGUCAAAGAUAAGAAUUUAGAGAUCAUUAACACAUUUUUUGAAUGAUUUUUGCAAUUUUUGAUUUAAAAUCAAAUUAAAGUGAAAGUGGUGUUCUCUAAAGUGCCAUUAUCCUUCUUUCACACUCCAACAUAACAAACAAUAACAACAUACAUAGAUAGAACAUAACAUAACAUUAACUAACAUUCCGCAGGGCAGGGGCAGGAUCGUGGAUCGCAUGCCGCAUAACGCAAAAGAUAAUUAUAUUCAAAACAGAAAGAUUUUUAUUAGCUUGAGAAAACUAGAACUCGAGACUUUGAUUAGAUUUAUAUAGAUGGGCAAUUUUUAACCCAAAUUGAUAAAGACCUCAAAUUAUGCAUACAUCCCAUCCAAUGGCCGACAACAUUGGACAACUCGAAAGGGAAGUUGCACAACUGAAGCGGUUGCUAGUCGAGAAAGAGGAGCUGUUGGCGAACCUUAAGGUCAAUAGCGUCUCUCUUCCGGCUUUGAUUGACGCCUCAGAGCAGAAUCUGUCUAAAGAAGACGUUGUCCGCUUUAGCAGACAAAUUAUCUUACCUCAAGUCGGCGUAUCAGGACAAGUGCGGCUGAAAAAAUCCUCAGUGCUGGUCGUUGGGGCCGGUGGACUUGGUUGUCCUGUGCUCCUCUACCUAGUCAAGGCUGGCAUUGGACGCAUCACAGUGGUGGACAGUGACCUUGUUGAGAUCAGCAACUUGCACCGGCAGACCUUGCACUCGGACGCCACAAUUGGUCUUCCUAAGGUUGAUUCGGCGUGCAGAUUUUUUGCCCUGGACCAGAGUUAUGCCAAUGUUAUUCCUAUCUGUGAAAGGUUCACUCCAGAGAACGCAGAUCGUCUUGUCAGUGAACAUGAUGUGAUUGUCGACGCCACAGACAACGUUGGCUCUCGGUACCUCCUUAACGAUGCUUGUGUCCGCCACAAAAAGCCGCUUGUAUCAGGGAGUGCCCUGGGUCUGGAAGGUCAACUCACAGUGUACAACGGCUUUGUAAAGAAGGACGGCGCCCUGGUUAAAGGACCGUGUUAUCGCUGCCUCUUCCCAGAACCUCCUCCAGCUGCCAGCGCCACCAGCUGCAGUCAGUCGGGCGUUCUGGGUGCAGUUCCUGGUCUCAUUGGCCUGAUGCAGAGCAUUGAGGUGAUAAAACUAAUCGUCGACUGGCCACAGAACGAGUCUGUUGCUGGCCGAAUGAUUCUGCUUGAUGCCAAUGAUCUUUCCCUGAGGACUGUCAGGCUUCGAUUGGCUAACGAAAAGUGUCCUGCUUGCAGUUCAAACCCACAGAAAAAUUUGCCAUACUAUAUUGAAAUGUGUGGAGAGGAUGUUCCAGUAAAGGCACUAGAGGAUCAUGAAAGGGUCACUCCGGACUAUGUGAAAGCUGAACUUGACAAACUUUUGUUGGUGGACGUUAGGACGGAGGGUGAAUUCGGAAUGUGCGCCAUCCAAGGGUCAGUCAACUUCCCUUUUAAAGAUUUUGAGCAGAUUUUGCCAGAAGUUAAAAAAGCUGUUCUCGAAGCCAAGCAAAAUUCUCCAUCAUUACAAGUUUGCUUUGUUUGUCGGAGAGGAAAUGACAGCCAGCUGGCAGCAGUGAGGUUCAAGGAAGCCUACCCAGAAGACAAAGUUGUAGAUAUGAAGGGCGGACUGCACGCCUGGGCAAAAGUGAUAGACGACCAGUUUCCAGUUUAUUAAAAAAAUUUUAUUCCUAAAUAAUUUUUUUAUAAAUAAAUCCUGGGAAUCAACG